UAUGUAGGACGCAUUUAAGUAUUUAUAUUCCAUUUUCGUGUGCAUCUUUGAUAAACAGCAGCUCAACUUUGGCAGACUUUGCAUUGGUCAACAUACGAAAGUGACGCGACUUAUCGUUUUCUCUGCAUGUUUAAUUGCACAAAAAUAUACUGAAGACCAGGCGUUCAACAUGUUAUCUGGGAUCGCUAGAAAAGAAACCGUCCUGUUUUGGAUAAUUCUCGCCAUUUACACGGAUAUAAUUCUACCCCAAACCCUCGAAACGCAACAUGACUCAUCACCACAAGAUCAUUUUGGGUUGAUAUUGAAUAACACUGAAAGAAAUCUAUUUCUUAAUCGACAUUACAUCAACAAAGAUAUGUGGCAUUAUCUAAAUGAGUUCAGCCAACAGUACCCCUCACAAAAAACCACCGGAAUCAGCUUCAAUUACAACCGAAACAUCGUAAAAAUGAAAAAAAGUAUGUGGCACAAUAACAAUAAAAGAUAUUUGCAGACAUACAAAAUGGAGGACGUCGUGUGUUGUCUGGAUUCUUUUCAUGUUACGAAAAAUCGUCGAUUUCACAUCAGUUUUAUCGGCGAUUCUCUCACUCGCAACCAGUUUAAGAAUUUCAUUUCGCUGAUCCCAGAUUAUGAUAGAAGAUAUACUCAUAAUACGACAAAUGGAAUGAUGCAAUCUAAAUUUCAUGAAGAUAAGAGCAUAAGCAGCGAAAUGUUUGACGAUCUUCUGGUUUCUUUUCGAUGGCGGGCAAUCAUCAAUGCUGACUUACUAGCCGAUUUUAAGCUAUGGGCUACCUUGGAAGAUUAUCAAGUUCCCGACGUUGUGUUUAUAGGUUGCACCGCUCACAAUAUGCUGAAAGAAUUAUAUAACUUACAUGAACAAUCGUUUGAUGAAACGAUGGAAUACGAUUUAUUGCCGGCACUUUCCGGUUACCUUAAGGCUCAUCCAAAAAAACAACUGUUUUGGAUUAUCCUAAAUCCCACGGAAGACCUGUUAGGUCCUAUAGUUUUUCCUUCAUUCAAUAAAAUCAUUCACGUGAAAAAGAUUGAGGAUUAUAACAACAUAGUUCGUCAAAUGUUUAGAGGAACCCCGAUAACACUUUGGGAUUCUCUAAAUCCUGUCAUAGAGGAAAACAUACGCGGUUGUGCUCUUCAUAACUUUAAUCGAGUUGACAAUAGAGGUUACCAGCUAUGUGGCGAUUUUCUUCACUCCGGACACCAAAUAUUGUCAAUUGGAAGCCAGCUUAUUUUAAAUCACUUGUGUAACAACCCUGUUUCAAAGUAUAGACUCCUUCGACAGAACUGAGAUAUCUCAUAAUAUAUAGUAGAGUGGGGUGAAUUGUCACAUGGCAAUUUAAAAAAAACUAUACCUCUCACCGUAAAAGAGGCAUUGCCUUUAAAAUUUCUACCGUAUUCCGGUAGAAAGCUCUACCGACUUUCGGUUCUGCCAAAGUGGAGUGAUUUUCUCCCGACUGUAUUUUUGUGGUAGCAUGUACUAAUAAUCAGCAUUAAUCUACCAUAAAUCGGUUCAUGCCUACGCGGAAUCCAAAUUUGUACUGAUUUAAGGUAAGAAUUAUCACCAAUAAACGGCAUAAUACAUACCGAUAUUCAGCGCUUAUCCCUACCAAAUAUUUGCUUUAAUAAUAUCCCG